AGCAAGUUUAUAAUCAGGAACAACAAGGUGAUCAAGAUGGAUAAAUUUGCACUGAUUUCCAUGUUCAUCACAUUUGCUACAUCAAAUGAUGUCUUAAAGUUUGAGCCUCACAACACUGGUCAAGUACAGUCUCACAACACUGGUCAAGUACUGCCCAACCUUCAGAAACCCAAGUUUUGCAAGAGUUUAGACUGCCCUGCAUAUAAAGUGAUCCAAACUACAAAGGAUUUUGAAGUGAGGGAGUACUAUACUUCAAAUUGGGUAUCUACCAAUCUGACUGGAAUUAGUUACAAGGAUGCAAGUUCUAUGAUGUUCAUGAAGCUUUUUGGAUAUAUAUCUGGACAAAACGAGAAAAAGCAGAAAAUUGCGAUGACUGCCCCAGUGACAAAUCGUAUUAUCCCAGCACAGGGGCCAGCAUGUGAAUCUGAUUUCAUCAUGUCAUUUUACGUCUCUUCGAAAGUGCGUGACAUUCCAGAACCGUCCAAUAAGGAAGUCUAUCUUGAUACAAAACAAAAACAAAUAGUUUACGUCAGGCAAUUUUCAGGAUUUACCUACACUUUUGAAGCAUGGUCCAAACAUGCAACGGAGCUGGCAGAUGCAUUGGAUGCCAAGGGUAUAAAAUACGAGAAGAGUUACUACUACACCGCUGGCUAUGACUCGCCCUUUACAUUGUUAAACAGACACAAUGAAAUAUGGUUUGUCCCAGAACAAAAAUAGAGAGUUUGUUUGUACAGGAAGAACAGACAGUUUGUAUAGUAAAACUGAAGAGAAAUAAAAUCAAAUAAUGUUUCAAUAAUUGAACUGGUUGGUCUUUGGAUUCCAAAAGGAAAAAAGAAAUAUCACAAAUCUUUAAAAAAAAUUGAUCUUUUUCAAAAGUUUUUAAGAACUAUUAAGAACUAACAUAAAUAUACAUGUAUGUUAUGGUAAGUUUAUGUUAUAUUAAAGUUAUAUCACAAAUAUUUUUUUAUUUUGAUAAAAAAUGUUUGCUAUGAAAUUUUGUACUUUUACUUUAUUUUGCUUGAGAUCUGAUUAAUUUGUUUGACUUUGUAAACUUGCAAAAAUCAGCAAUUUACAUGUAUUUAGACUUAAGUGUGGGCAUCAGGGGGAAGGAGAGGAUAUAUAUUUGCCAUAGUUGCAUUGAUAAAAUUGUCAUUACUUUUUAAGUUAAAUUUCGCAGAAAACUUUUACUUUGAGUCAUUACAUAAGAUUUUUAAAAAAAGAUAAAUAAGUACAGUAUUAGUCAGAAUUGGAUAGAAUAUAAACAAAAGAAAGGAAAUUAAAACAGUUUCAAAUAAAAAACAUGAUAAAUAAAUGGGAAAAAGGAAAUUUUUAUUUGAUGUCAAAUGCACAAUAGAUAAAUAAAAAAGGGAAGGACAUUUGAUUUAGAUAUCAUAUACGAAGGAAAGAGAGUAACUAAUGUUUUGUUGUAAGUUAAAUAUUAUUAAAAUAGAAAUAUCCGAGGACUGAAAAUUUUAGUUAAAAGGUGCUUUAUGUAACAUAAACUUGUUUUGAAUAUGUUAUUAUGUAACAUAAACUUGUUUUGAAUAUGUGAAUACUUUCGUAAAGCAGCAUGCUUCCAGAUUUGUGUUUAUUUUUAUGAAAACUGAAAUACUGUUACUUGCCUGAUACAUACCAGCAUACUAAGGAUGCAUUACACUAUAAGUGCGUCAUGGAAAAAUAAUUUUUUUUUUUACUAUAAACAUUUCUCAUUUGAUGUAU